AUGAUCACGAAAACGGAAGGGGCGGGGCCGAUCGCGGUUGAGCAGUCCAAUACGGGGGGCCGGUGGGCUCCAGCUGGGCAUAGAAGACAGCUGAGUAACGGUAAAGAGUCAAAGGGGCAGAAAGAAGACAGAAGCAAGAGCACCGGGAGACGGCGCGGACGGAGCAGCAGCACGCAAAAGAUAGAAGCGAGAAAAGGCGACGAGAACAAAAAGAAAGCUAGAAAAAGCGAAAGAAGAGGGGAAGGAGAAGGCAGCGAAGGAGGGGCCCAAAGGACGAACAACGGGAGCGAAAAGGAGAAAAGCAAGAGGAGAAGAGAGGCAAACGCCCCGAAGGAGGGAACAGAAGAGGAGGACGGGAGAAACAAAAGCAGCAACACAAGAGAAGCCGCAAAACAAGGCCAACAAGAACGAGGCCAGGUCAUAGCCGAGGAGUGGCAAGCAGCGGCCGAGCGGAUAGAGGGGGGGCGAAAGGAAGGGGAAGGUCAAGAGGGGAAAAGAACGAAAAAGGAGCCGAAACACGGACAAGAAGCAAGAGGGCACGGAAGACGCCGAUCAGAGCGUGGCAAGCAGGUGGAUGGCAGCGGACAGGAUAGAGGGGCAGCGAAGCCGGCGGAGAGGAGACCGGAGGACGAGGGAAAAACCAGGGCAAACACCGAACCAGCGGGGCACACAGGAGACAACGGGGGGGGAAGAAAGAAGCCGCCAAAGGGGCUGACCAAGCAGAAGCGCAGGCCGCGCGCAGAGCGCAACCAAGCGGACAGGGGGAGGGGCGCAGCGAGGGAGGAACGACGGGGAAGACAAAGCGGCAGGUACAGAACGACAGAGAGCAAGAAGGGCCCCAGGCAGGCGGGGGGGCAGAGGCAGCGCACCGGCCGAGGAGCAGAGACAAAGAGGAAAGGCAGGAAGCAAGAGAGGGAAGAGCAAGCAGAGAAAGCAAAAAAAAGGAGAGGCAGAGGAGAAGAUGAGAAAGACGCGGAGGAAGGCGAGGACGAGCAAACAGGAGAGCUGGCGCGCUGCUUUUUCAGCAAUGUUGUAAGUUGA